CGCACACAAUGGAGGCCUUUGAAACGUAUCAAACGCCUCUUUCCAGCCGCUAUGCAAGUAAAGAGAUGUCGUAUCUCUUCUCUCCUGCAAAAAGGUUUUAUACAUGGAGGAAGUUAUGGCUCAACCUCGCUAGAGCCGAGAAACAGCUUGGUCUGCCUAUAUCGGAUGAAGCUCUCAAGCAGAUGGAGGAUAACCUCCACCUUACCCCGGAACAAUUCGAGAUCGCAGCCGUGGAAGAGAAGAAACGCCGCCACGACGUUAUGGCGCACGUACACACCUUUGGUACGGUCGCCCCCGCUGCGGCUGGGAUCAUCCAUCUUGGAGCAACCUCUUGCUAUGUCACCGACAACGCGGACCUCAUCUUCCUCCGAGAAGGCCUAACCUUCCUCAUCCGUUCCCUGAGCGCACUGAUCUCGCGCCUUUCGGCAUUUGCGGCGCAGUACCGCGACCUCCCGACGCUGGGGUUCACACACUUCCAACCGGCGCAGCUGACGACUGUGGGGAAACGCGCUACGCUUUGGAUCCAGGAAUUGCUCUGGGAUCUGAGGAACCUCAAGCGCGUGCGGGACGAUCUUGGGUUCCGUGGCGUCAAGGGUACCACUGGGACGCAAGCUAGUUUUUUGGCGCUUUUCGAUGGAGACCAUGAUAAGGUCGAGGAGCUGGAUAGCCUAGUAACCAAACUCUCUGGUUUCGAGUACGCCUACCCCGUCACCUCGCAGACGUACUCCCGCAAAAUCGACGCAGACGUGUUGGCGCCCCUUGCUUCUCUCGGUGCGACGGCGCACAAGAUCGCUACUGAUAUCAGGCUCCUGGCGAAUCUGAAGGAAAUCGAGGAACCAUUCGAGAGCACCCAGAUCGGCUCGUCGGCGAUGGCGUACAAGCGUAACCCGAUGCGCUCAGAGCGUGUCUGCAGUCUCUCUAGGCACCUAAUGGUACUACAUCAAAAUGCGCUUAUGACUUCUAGCGUGCAGUGGUUUGAACGAACUUUGGAUGAUAGCGCGAACCGCCGCAUUACCCUCCCAGAGGCGUUUUUAACGGCGGACAUUGUCCUGUCGACACUGCAAAAUAUCUCAGAGGGUCUAGUGGUGUAUCCUAAAGUUAUCGCGCGCCGGAUCGCGCAAGAAUUGCCUUUUAUGGCGACUGAGAAUGUUAUUAUGGCUAUCGUGAAAAAAGGAGGGGACAGGCAGGAGGCGCAUGAAAAGAUUCGGGUCCUGUCACACGAAGCCGCACACCAAGUCAAGCAACUAGGGCUCGAGAACGAUCUCAUCGACCGGAUUCGAAAGGACGCGUAUUUUGAUCCUAUCAUGGCAGAGUUGGAUAGUUUGUUGGAUCCUGCGAGCUUUAUUGGAAGGGCACCGGAGCAGGUGGAUGCGUUUUUGAAGGGGUGGGUUGUCCCUGCGCUGGCGGAUAAGGAGUCGGCGGACGCGAUUAGGGGGGGAGGAAAGGUUGAGUUGGCUGUUUGAUUUCGUCGUAAGAAUUGAAGGUGUGUAAGUACAUUGGAAGGAAUAAAGAAAAUGUGUAAGUAGG